AAUAUAGACUUUUAACAAAAAAGCUUUCUCGGGUUUUCGUAAAGAAAAUGUCAACAGACUCCCCUCCCAAAACUGUGGCUUAUUUCCUUGAUCCAGAUGUUGGAAACUUUCAUUAUGGGCCAGGGCAUCCCAUGAAGCCACAUCGCAUUGCUCUCACACACUGCCUAGUCUUGCAUUAUAACCUCCAUGAGAAAAUGGAAAUAUACAGACCCUACAGAGCCUCGGCACAUGAUAUGUGUAGAUUUCAUUCGGAGGAAUACAUUGAUUUCCUACAAAGGGUGGCACCAAACAAUGUCAGCAAUUUUCAAAAACAACUCAGCAUGUUCAAUGUCGGGGAUGACUGUCCAGUGUUUGAAGGCCUGUAUGAUUUUUGCUCCAUGUACACUGGGGCAUCGUUAGAGGGUGCAGUCAAACUGAACAACAAACAUUGUGACAUAGCUGUUAAUUGGUCCGGAGGACUUCAUCAUGCCAAAAAGUUUGAGGCCUCUGGUUUCUGUUAUGUGAAUGACAUUGUCAUUGCAAUAUUAGAGCUUCUAAAGUACCAUCCUCGUGUUCUGUAUAUUGACAUUGAUAUUCACCAUGGAGAUGGAGUACAGGAAGCCUUCUACCUGACAGACCGAGUCAUGACAGUAUCAUUUCAUAAAUACGGAAAUUACUUCUUCCCUGGCACAGGUGAUAUGUAUGAGAUUGGAGCAGAGAGUGGUAGACAUUACUCUGUUAAUGUGCCAUUGAAGGAGGGGAUAGAUGACCAAACAUACAUUCAGUUGUUCCAGCAAGUAAUUAAAUCUGUAAUGGACUUCUAUCAGCCUACCUGUGUUGUCUUGCAAUGUGGAGCUGACUCCCUGGGUAGUGAUCGGUUAGGCUGUUUCAACUUGAGUAUUAAAGGCCAUGGUGAAUGUGUAAGAAUUGUGAAGGAGUUCAACAUCCCCAUGCUGGUCCUGGGAGGAGGGGGUUACACCAAGAGAAAUGUGGCUCGGUGCUGGACCCACGAGACUGCAGUGUUACUAAACGAGGAACUGAAUAAUGAAAUUCCAUAUAAUGAUUAUAUUCAGUAUUUUGCCCCUGAUUUCACUCUUCAUCCUGAUGUAUCAAUAAAACAAGAGAAUCUCAACACAAAACAGUAUCUGGACAAUGUGAAGAUAACAGUAAAUGAACACCUAAGGAACUUGAUCAACUCUCCGAGUGUCCAGAUGCAGGACAUCCCUCCGGAUCUCCUCAGUCUUGAGAACACAGAGGAACACGAUCCAGAUAUCCGGAAUCACCAGGAUCAGACAGACAAAAGAAUCGAAGCUAAUAAUGAAUAUUUUGAUGGAGACCAGGACAACGACAAAGAUGGCUUCCUGGAUGUCUGACAAACCGUUGAUAUCUGAGAGACGUCAGAUAUCUAGAGACACUAAGGCAGCAGGAAGAAUCUAGAUGUAGAUCACAUGUCAUCUGCCAACAAAUACUGACAGGCAAUUGAAAGGAACAGAUUGCAGUGAAAUGUUGGUUUUAUUGUUGUGAACGGUUGGGUGUGUCAUGGAUGAAUUUAAGACUAAAGUCUUGUCCGAGAAUUCUCUAAGGAAUGAAAGGACCAUUGAUCGGAGAUGCAACUUUUUGUCACAAAGAAUACUAGUAAAUUAAUUUAUCAUAUGUGAAACUGUUAGCAGUAAAUCAUGUCAUCAUGUUCAUACAUGUAUUAUUUUUAUGUGCACUUAUAUAUAUUGUCAUAAUUGUCUUGAAUAUGAUGUAAGAUUUUUAUUUUGUUGUACUUGUCUUAUUGAAGCAAUUUUUAUGUUGCAAAAGAGAUUUAAAUUUUUAUGGAAUUGUUAUGGAUCAGGUCAUAAAUCAGUUGAUUCAGUUCAAGUACAUGUAAUAAAUGUC